CAGAGCAUCGAGAGUGCGGCUGGUCAAGGGGGCGUGAUCGCGGAGGAAAGACUAGAGACAAUAAAACGAGACACCACUCGUCAGGGCGUAAGGUCGAAGUCAGCCACCAAUUGGGUGAGCGGGUGGUAAUCGGGGCGUGUCAUCGGACUUACCUGGGGGCAGAGCGGACCUGGAAGGCAGGAACAAAAACCUUCGAGAUGAUGCAGAGGGACCGGGUAGAUCAAUGAACAAACAGGUGACGGAUGUUCCAGUGGAUUGUUGGGCAAAGUCGAGGCAAACACGACCACUCAUAUACAUUAAGUUAAAGGCUCUAGGCUCUAGAUUUUCACCUGUAGUUCCUCUUCAAUAUGUUUCUGGCCAAAAAACUCAUUGGUGGCAUCCUGGAUGUUGUGAGCAAUGUUGACCCCGGUCAAUUCAUGCCAUCAGAGCCUCCCCCACCACGCAGACCUCUGGCCUACGCUAAGCCGAAUGAGAAUGACGAGGAGACACAGUUCCGCAAGGUGUUCCAGCAACUUGCUGGGGAUGACAUGGAGGUGAGCCCCACUGAACUGAUGAACAUCCUCAACAGGAUCAUUGGCAAACGUAGUGACCUGAAGACUGAUGGCUUUAGCAUCGAGUCAUGCAGGAGCAUGGUGGCUGUCAUGGACAGCGACAGCUCAGGAAAGCUAGGUUUCCAUGAGUUCAAGUUUUUAUGGAACAACAUCAAGAAAUGGCAGUGCAUCUACAUAUCAAAUGACACGGACCGCUCAGGGCUCAUCUCCUCACAAGAGCUUCCUGCUACCUUCAAAGCUGCAGGCUUCCCUCUCAACGACCAGCUCUUCCAGUUGAUGGUACGCAGGUACAGUGAUGAACAGGGCAACAUGGACUUUGACAACUACAUUGGGUGCCUGGUCAGACUGGACGCUAUGUGUCGAGCUUUCAAGACUCUGGACAAAGAUGAUGAUGGAAUCAUCAAAGUCAACAUCCAGGAGUGGCUUCAGUUGACCAUGUACUCAUAAAACAUCAGGGAAAGCCUACAAAAAUCCUACAUUCAUCUCUUCAUUUAUCUCUUUCUCUUUCUCUUAUUUUAGAUUUUUAUUUCAUAUGACCAUUGUUAUUAUUGUUUACAGACGUUCAUACGUCAUUUAGUCAUGAAAGUUCAUUCAAUUCAUCACUAGAUGGCAGCAUUGCAGCAACACCAGGAAAGCACAAAUCCACUUUCUGUCCAAUAGGCCAAACUCAAAUACCUUUCUAUAUUCCCAAAUAUUUUAAAGUUUUGUGUUUUCCUUUUUUCCAGAAAAACACUUGGUCAAACAUUCCAUACUGCUAUGUAAUGUAAUAUAUACAUUCUAGUGCUCAAUAAAGGGGCAAUAUUACCUAAUACUUGCAGAUAUCUAAUUUAUUACAAUUUCUAAAUGUUCUGCUUUUGCUCAUUAAAUAAAUGUUCUCUCGUA